AUAAGCCUGGUGCGUUGCAGCGCACAGUGCGCUGCCGUGUCCAGCGCGCGCAGCCGCGCCGCGCCGCGCCGGCUCGUAGGAGUGUUAAGAUGAGGGUGUGUGCGACGCCAAGUGUUUCAGUAAACACGCAACUCCGAUGAGCGACAAGCCACAGACGCGCCGGCUACGCAGCGCGCCUAUCGGACUAUGUCUUCCACCGUCUGGGAGGAAAGUCAAGGGGAGACCGGCCAGUUGGAGGACGGAGUCACGGAGUUCAGCGACAGGGAGAGAGCAACGGGCGACGGCGUCGUGUGCGCCCUGGAGAUGGAGGCGACGGCCCGCGGCGUGCACGGCAAAUGCAAACUGGACUGUUUGAACUGUGAUGGGCUGAUCGGUCGAAACGGCGGGGACUCGGCGCAAGUGUCCGUGCCGCUGUCACUCACGGGGAAGCGCUCGAGUCCCAUGGAGGGUGAAAACCUCUUCAGGCUGAGAGACAGAAAGUUCUUGUUGGAGGAUAAGAAGCGCCUGUGCGCCCUGGCGCUGGGCACCGCUCUGCUCGGGAUACUACUCAUGAUAAUCCACGCCGAGAUAUGCCCCUUCGUUUAUAAACCGGGCUCCAGCAUCGCCCUGAUCAUCAAUUGUUCCAUCAGCCUGUCCACUGGGUGUCUCCUGCUCCUCAUUAUAGCUUUCCAUUAUAAAGACAUCAGGCUGUUUGUUAUUGACCACAACCAAGUGGACUGGCGCAUCGCCAUGACGAGCCACCGGGUCCUGGUGAUCACCGUGGAGCUGCUGGUCUGCUCCAUCCACCCUGUAGGCACGUAUUGGAGAGCCGGGCUCCCCCUCAACACGUCCUCCACGGCUCCCCUGUGCGUCUCCAACAGCCACGGCGAGGCCCUGCUGGACGUGGAGCUGCUGCUGUCCGUGCUGAUGUUCCUCCGCCUGUACCUGGUGCACCGAGCCAUCCUGCUGCACAGCAAAGUGCUGCUCAGCGCCUCCUACAGGAGCAUCGGCUCGCUCAACAACAUCAACUUCACCUUCCGCUUCGUCCUCAAGGUGCUGAUGAACAAACACCCGGCGCGCACGCUGCUGGUCUUCAUCCUCUUCUUCUGGCUCACGGCGUCAUGGAUGCUCACUCUGUGCGAGAGGCACACACAAGCUUCGACAGGCCACAUGGACACGGCUCUGUGGCUCGUAGCCAUCACCUUCCUGACAGUGGGCUAUGGGGAUGUCGCUCCCACCACCAGCUGUGGCAAAUGCGUGUGUCUCUUCACUGGAGUCAUGCAUAGCAGAGGACAGCAGGGUGUAGCCUGCACUGCCAUGCUGGUGGCGGUCGUAACGGAGAAGCUGGCGUUAAACAAAGGAGAGAAACACGUACACCUCUUCAUGCUGGACAUCCAGAUCUCGAAACGGAUCCGUCAUGCUGCUGCUAACGUGCUCAGGGAGUGCUGGCUCCUGCACCGCACUAACCUGACAAAGGGCAACCGUGGUGAGCACCGAAGACACCAGCGAUGCCUUCUGGAAGCCAUCAGAGUGUCAGUGACUUUAUCACACACGUAUACUGUACGAGGCAGGAUAUUUCGCCACUUGCGUCUUAAACAACGAAAGCUGAGAGAUUACGUGAGCGAGAUGGUGGACCUGCCCAAGAUGCAAAUGAUCAUGUGCGAUCUCAGUUCCAACUGGAAUAACUCGUACCGGGAGCUGGAGCAGAGGAUCCUCUCCAUGGAGCAGAAGCUGGACGAGCUGAGUCGCUGCUUCCAUCAAACCUCCGAGCUGCUGUCUCAGGCCCUACGUCACCGCAACCCGGAGAUCAGGUGACAUCGCUCUCCGUGUUUAAGCCAAGGCAGUUAACUGGUUUCACUGUCUUCAUUAGUAUCUAUAAAGUCCUGUCCAAGCAGAGAUGCUCCAGACUCUUUAAGACACUAAACCACUUCAAGGCCCGGAAUUCUGGCCCUGUGCUGAGUGAAUGUGCAGUGAUUCACAACUACAAGAUUAUACAGAUAAAACAUCACAUUUUGUGAACUUUGUAAGAACAAUUUUAUGCAUUUUGAGAAAUCUGAGAUUUCAGGAUUUGAAUUGUUGUGAAAGUGUGGAAAUGACUAUCUCACAUCAAGACUGUCUCUGGAAUUCCUCUUUCAUCUGCCAUUUGUAAGGAUUCAACAACAGACUUAUUCCUGUGGAAUGGAAUAUAUAUUUUUAUGUUCAUUUUAUUUUCUUGUAUCAUUUACAGAUUUGCCAUUCAUUUUCUACAAGCAGAUAGAUUCAACAGUUACCAUGUUUGCAACAAAUUACUGAAUGCAAAGUCUUGCUUUCCUCAUACUUUCCAUAAGACUCCAUGAAUGAAAUGAUGUCGCUCAAUUCAUGUAUUGUGGGGAGGAAUUAUUUUUUAUUGUAUUUGGGAUUCAAUACUUGUCAACCAAAGAAAUCAGAAAUGAAUAUCUACAACUAAAGCUGUGAAAAUUAAAUGCAGAAAAACUUCUGACAGCUACACCUGCUCUUACAACGUUGUCAACAACCCAACAGCUCCAUCUAAUGGACACAACCAAGAAGAAUUAUCCAGGACUGUAAACGUAGAAGUCAUGAAGAUAAAUUCGAACUACGAAAACGCUGUAUGCUACUUUCACGUGAACACCAAUAUCUCAUAGAACAUUAAUUAAAUUGCAGUAAAAACAAAGAAACAAUAAAUAGAAAUCAAAAGCCCACAAACGUCAAUGAUAGCAAUGCACUUUUUGAGAGGAAUUAGUGCAAUUCCAAUUUUGCUUUCUCCAGAGAAUAAACUGCAUUUUUAUUUAAAAAAAUAUAUCAAAUAAAGUUACUUGUGGGUUAUCGUGUAGGAUGUUGUCAUAAGGAAACGUAUUCUAGCCGGCUUAAUAAGUAGCAUUCAAACAUGGUGAAAACAAUCGUCCAGGACAAGAUUAUUACUAAAAGCUGUUAAGAAUUAAUGCGUGUGAGUUUGAUAUGAUUUUUGUCAAACACAAAAUAAUGAGAACGUUUAAAAGUGUUCCUUUCUGAUUGUACACUUUGGGUCCAGUGCACAAAACUGGAGAAUAUCUAAAAACCAUAAUAAAGCCAUCUUGCUGCUCA